AUGCCUCCACGAUUGAACCUCCUCGGCCCAAGCCGAUCGCUUGUCUUCCGGUUGCGCCCAUCAAUUGCUCCACGCCAGCCACGCGUCUCCCCCGUCGUAUCGAGGAGGGCGUUCGCCGAUGAAAAGGAGAAGGAGCCUGCCACUGGCCCGAACCAAGAUGCCCUGGGACAUGUGAGCGAGGAGGCAGCGGAUUUAGGCAGAAUUACCGGAGAGACGACUCCAGAUUUGGGACAAGGGACGCCUGUGCAAGAGAUUCUCGAGCGCGACCAAGAGGGCAGAGAAAAGGCUCCUCAGGUCAUCAAGAAGGAGAUGGAGGAUACUGCCAAAGCCGCCGACGCCGCGGACACGACGUCUUUCGCGAACCUGCUCGCCCUGGGCCAGCUGCACAACAUCUCCAAUGGCGGCCACGCCUCGGACCCGGUCGACCUCGGGCACAAGUUUGGGGUGCCGGAGUUGCCGCUUCCGCGUGAUGGGAACUUCAAGUACCGGUAUGACCCUGUGGUGUCGCAGGUGACGACGCUGCUGAUGAGGCACGGCAAGCUGAGCGCUGCGCAGAGGAAUAUGUCCCUCAUCUUAAACCAGCUCCGCACCGCCCCCCCUCCGACUGUGAACCCGCUCCGCCCUCUCCUCCCCGGUACCGCGCCCGCCUCCCACCUCCCCCUAGACCCUAUCGGCUACCUGACCGCCGCGAUCGACUCUGUGGCCCCCCUGCUGCGCAUCCGCUCCCUCAAAGGCGCUGCGGGAGGAGGAGCUGCUCUGCAACUCCCCGUCCCGCUCGGUCUCCGACAACGGAGACGGCAGGCUGUGCAGUGGAUCCUUGACGCCGCCAACAAGAAGGAGUCGAAGGGUAGUGGGCGAGGGCAGUUUGCACAGCGGGUCGCGAAUGAGAUUAUUAGCGUGGUAGAGGGCAAGAGCAGUGUUUGGGACAAGCGAGGGCUGGUGCACAAAACGGGAACGUCGGCGCGAGUGAACCUGACGAAGAAGACUUAUCGACGACGGAUGUGA